GGUCCUAAGAAAAGCAUUUUUCGGUUCUCCGACUCUUAGUCAUUUCUGUUUCAUUUUUAUAACUUAUUAAUUCAUAGCGAAAGUAUAUUUCAGAGCAGUGCGUUUACAAAGUAGAACAGCUCGGCAAGGCUCGCUGUGAAAGCUAGCCAAACCCUCUCUGUCACAGGCUCUGCUGUGUAUCAGUGUCCGGAAGUUCUUGCGAGGGGGGAAAAAGGGAGAAAGGCAUGAAAAGAAGGAGCUGGAAGAAACAUUAGACCAAGAAUUUUCGUGCGUAAUAAAACAGCUCGUUAUGUGAAAGGUUUUUCCCCCUACGGUUCAGAUUACUGAGACGUCUUGUUGCAGUUCUUUAAUUAUUAGCCGCCUGUGCUGAGUUAUCGAUGGGUCUCCCGACGUUGGAGUUCAGUGAUUCUUUGCUGGAUAGUCCGGAGUUCAGAGAGCGGCUGCAGUGCCAUGAAAUUGAGCUGGAGAGAACCAACAGGUUUAUAAAAGACUUGAUAAAAGAUGGAAACAUGCUCAUAUCCGCCCUCAGAAGUCUGUCUCUGGCAGUGCAGCGGUUCUCUCAGUCGCUGCAGGAGUUCCAGUUUGAAUGCAUUGGCGAUGCUGAAACUGAUGAUGAGAUCAAUAUAGCUCAGUCCUUGAAGGAGUUCUCUCAGCUUUUAAGCACCAUGGAAGAGGAGCGAAAACGACUGAUCCAGAAUGCAGAUGACGUGUUGAUCUCACCACUGGAGAGAUUUCGGAAGGAGCAGAUUGGAGCAGUUAAGGAGGGAAAGAAGCAGUUUGAUAAGGAGACAGAAAGGUAUUACUCUGUGCUGGAGAAGUAUCUCGGUGUGUCCUCCAGGAAGAAGGAGACCCAGCUGCAGGAGGCUGACUCACAGAUGGACAAAGACAGGCAAAUUUUUUACGAUGCGUCUCUCCAGUAUGUCUUCAAGAUCCACGAAGUGCAGGAAAGGAAGAAGUUUGAGUUUGUGGAGCCAUUAUUGGCCUUCCUGCAGGGCUUGUUUACCUUCUACCACGAGGGUUAUGAGCUGGCCAAUGAGUUUGAACCCUACAAGCAGCAGCUCCAGUUUAACCUGCAAAAUGCUCGCAACAACUUUGAAAGCACUCGUGCUGAAGUUGAGAGGCUGAUGAAGAGGAUCAGGUCUGCUGAGGACGACUUCAAAGGCCCCAGCUGCUUCACCAUGGAGGGAUUCCUGUACAUACAAGAAAAACGUCCUUUGGGAAGUGUGUGGACCAGGCAUUACUGCACCUAUGAGAGGAGCUCAAAGAUGUUCACCAUGAGCAACACGGAGACCAGACCAGCCAGCAGACAGAACGGCGUAGUGACUGGCGCCCCAGAGAUGUUCAGGCUACGCUCAUGCGUUCGAAGGAAGACGGAUUCAAUCGACAAACGCUUCUGCUUCGACAUCGAGGUGGUGGAGAGACAUGGCGUCAUUACUCUACAAGCCCUGUCAGAGGCCAACAGGCGGCUGUGGAUGGAGGCGAUGGAUGGAAAGGAGCCUAUUUACACGCUUCCUUCUCUGCUCAGCAAAAAAGAGGAGACGUUUCUCAAUGAAGCAGGCUUCAACUUUGUUAAGAAGUGUGUUGAGCUGGUUGAAACAAGAGGCCUUACUACGCUUGGACUUUAUAGGACAGGUGGAGUAAACUCUAAAGUGCAGCGACUGAUGGCGAGCGCAUUUGCUUCUUCUGCGCCCUCCGAUGUGCAGCUAGAUUCAGAAAUCUGGGACAACAAGACUAUAACCAGUGGCCUGAAAGAUUAUUUCAGGUGUUUGGCAGAACCGUUACUGACCUACAGGCUGCAUAAGGAAUUUAUCAGGGCUGCAAAAUAUGAUGACCAGACGUACAGAGUGAGAGCAAUUCAUGCUCUUGUAUACAAACUCCCAGAAAAAAACAAAACGAUGUUGGACGUCUUAACUAAUCAUCUUCACAAGGUGUCCUCUCACAGCGAUCAGAACAUGAUGACCGUGUCUAACCUUGGGAUGAUCUUCGGCCCCACGUUGAUGAGGUCGCAGGAGGAGACGGUGGCCGCCAUGAUGAACAUCAAGUUUCAGAACAUUGUGGUGGAGAUCAUCAUUGAAAACCACGACAAAAUCUUCGGUGAGGCUCCGGACCUGUCGGUGCCGCUGCCUCAGGCGCCGUCGUCUCGCUCCACUCCACGGAGGAGCAAGGCCAUCUGUCUGUCAUCUGGAAAGAGAAAGGCCCGUCUGUACACUCCUGCUCUCUGCCUGGCAGACAAUGACAGCGACACGUUCAGCAGCAGCCCUGAUACGACUCCGAUGGGCAGCCAGGAGUCGUUGUCGUCACACUCCUCUGAAAAAAACGGAUUGUCUCAGACCUCCCCUCCAUCCUCUCCCGCCGCUGAGCCCGGCUCGCCCCCCACAGCGCAGUUUUCUCCUCCUCUGACUUCCUCCGACUCGCCGCCACGCAAUGGGAAAGAUCAGAAAGCAUCUACAGACAACGCUCCCUCCCCCCGGCUCACGCCUUCCUCUUCCUGGAUCUCCGCUCCUCUUUCCUCUGCCGAGCAGACUUCCUCUGUGUCCUCCUCCACAUCCUCCUUACUCUCUGCAGUGGAGAGGUCUUUCAACAGAAAUUCAACCGUGUCUUUGUCUUCUGCGAAAGACUCGAGAUGUGCUUCCACAGCGUCGGUCCAGCCCGCGUCAGGGAGUCGUUCCUCUCCUGUCAGGGAGAAAGCAGCCUCCGUCUCCUCCCUGAAGAGCUCUCAGUCAGAGGAGCGAAGAAACGCAUCCUGUGCUGCGGCCACAAAAGUCAGAGGAACAGACUCUACCUCUCCUCCACAGCACAGCACUGCCUCCUCCUCUUCUUCCUCCUCCUCUUCUCUGUUUCCCUACCGGCUUUCCACAUCAUCCUCUCUCACCUCCUUGCACAUUUCAGAAGAUUACAAAAGCUGUCAUGGGUCGGUGCAGAGCCUCAUGUCGCUGGAACAACAGGAGAGAGCGAAAGCACGGAAAGGUCACCACCGCUGUGGCUCCGAUCUGACCCCGAAGCUCUCCGCAGCGACAUCCAGCAACGGCUACUCAAGGCCCGUCUCACUAUUAUCAGUCAGGCAGCCUCAGCGUGAGAGUUCAGUGUUCUCCUCAGCGUUAGACAUCUGUCCCUCUGGAAGGGAUGCUAGAGCUCUGUACUCCUGUGAAGCAGAGCACAGCCAUGAGCUCAGUUUUCCACAAGGGGCACUGUUCACAAAUGUGGGUCCGUCUGUGGAACCGGGUUGGCUUCAGGCGACAUAUAAAGGCAGAACUGGCCUGAUCCCUGAAAAUUACAUCAAAUAUAUCUGACAAGGCCGACGAACUGUCGGCGCAUGAAAGAAUCACAAAGACCUGGCUCAGAUUUUAAAGGUUUAUAAAGAAUCAAAACCAUGAUACUGUAACUGUGACUAUUAUCACUGACUGCUGUGCUGCAGCAUGAGUAAUCGGCCUCCUGCAAGCGGGGCAGUAGAUGUUUUUACUUGACGUAUACGGCUUAGCUUCUCAGUAUCGCCUUUUUUGUAUUUUCUGUUCAGUAAUUCUGAAAGUUAUGAAUUCAGUAAACAUGUGUAAAAGGUACAUAGAAGCAGUAUUUUUCUAUUAAUCUUGAUAAUUUAUGUUUUAAUGUUUCAUUAGUCAGUCUAGAAAUUCAAUGUUCACAACACCUCAGUGCCUUGAACUGUAUGAUUUUUUUUAUAUCCUCUCUGCCAGCUUUACUGCUGUCUAAAUAAAAACAAAACCUUCAAAUAGCA